GUAGGCCUCAUCUCAUGCAACAAGGCGUGAGCUCUGAAUUACUUAGCAAUUAAUCACCAUCUUCACGCCUUUUCACAACCUCAACCCGGUACUUCGUCGAAUCACCUUCUCAUCCCGGACGAGAGGUCUUUGAUGCAUUGUAUAGAAAAAUCUGAUGAUAAUUAACAACAUCACACCAUCCCAGAUAAAACUGUUGGAAUCUACACCGAAAACAAACGGAUGAGCCGCGGAACAUCACCAUUCAUUAUCUACAGAUACAGCAAUGACUUUUGUAUAAAACUGCUGCACUGACAUUUCCCACAAACGGUGAAAGAGGCCAUCUGUCUCCUUUUUGAGCAAAGUCCUCUGUCACCAUGUCUUCUCCCACCGAGAUCGUAGUGCUUGGUGCUGGUGUCGCAGGACUCACUACGGCCCUCGAAGCCCGCCAGCAAUUCCCCAAUGCGCAAAUCACCGUGGUGGCCAAAUUUUUGCCGGGGUUCACCUCUCCCACGGAAUACGUAUCGCCAUGGGCCGGCGCCAACUGGCACUCUUUCGAGAAGGAACGCAACCAGUUCGCCGAAUACGAUGCCGUGUCGUUUACCAAGUUCACCGAUAUCGCCGCAAAGUCUCCCGAGAGCGGGAUAAAAAGCAUGCCCAUGCGAGUGUUUUACGACAGCGACGAAAGACGCCAGGACUUGUGGUACGGGGACUUUAUCGGUGGUAUCGAGGAAGCUCCCAAGCACGAACUCCCGGAAGGGGUCGUGGUGGGAUUGGACAUGGCCAGCUUCAUGAUCAACACGGUCGCAUAUCUUCAGUGGCUCCAAAUGCAACUCCUUCAACGAAACGUCAAGUUCCUACGACGCUCAUACACCCACGUUGAUACACUCAUGCGAGACUUUCCUCACGCAAAGGCCUUUUUCAACUGUACAGGCUUGGGCGCCAGACUCCUGGGCGGUGUCGAGGAUGCAUCGGUCUACCCUACCAAAGGUCAAACCAUGCUUAUCGCCGAGCCCAUCAAGCCCCUCGAACGCAUGUACAUACGUUCUUGCUCCGACUGGAAUCCGGGAGAGUUUGCACACGUCUUCCCCCGUCCCCUCGGUGGAGGCGUCAUCAUAGGUGGUGUGCGUCGCGACCAUGACUGGACCGCCGAACCGGACAUGCAGCUCGCCGAACGGAUCAAGGAGAGAUGUUGCGCAAUUGCUCCGGAGUUGGGUAGGCCCGAAGAUUUGCAAGUGAUAAGUCACAAUGUUGGAUUGAGACCGAGUAGAAAAGGAGGCGCGAGAGUAGAGUUGGAAAGGAAGAAUGGCGGUAAUCUUCUCAUCCAUAAUUACGGUGCGUCUGGAGCAGGUUAUCAAUCUUCAUGGUGCGUACAGUACAUUUUCCAUACCUAGGUCUCUGCGUCUCUCUCUCUCUCUCUCUCUCUAUUGAAGUGGUGAUGAUGAUGAUGAUGAUGGCACAAAUGCUAACCGACAUGUUGAAAAAGGGGCAUGGCAGCACAUGCUGUCAGAUUGUUGAAGGAUGAAUUGAAGUCGAGAUCGAAACUUUGAGACCGAGGAAAUCUACGUAUGUUACAUGGUUGACUUGUACAUCCCCGGAUAUGUAUCGUGAGAAUCUCGUCUGGGCGAGCCUUUGAAUAUCAGCAAGGAUCUUACUCCGUAGUUAGAGCCUUCAACUGAAUGCACAUGGUACCGAGGACGAGCAUUCUUUGUUGUAGAGGUGAUUCUAUUCAAUCUGUACUCCGUAUCCGCACGAAGUACGGAUAAUGAAUUAAUAUUUCCUCCCCUGCAGCACGUAAGGAGUACAUCAUUGAACUAGUACAGACCUGUCACGGGGGCGGCUGGGUGGACGUCGGGUCUAAGCCUCGCAAUGACGAGGAUACAGUACAAGACAUUUUUUACUCUGUACUAAAAUGUCUUGUACUCUGUUGGAACCGGAGAAAUAGAUAAUAAGCUACGGAGUACGGAGUACAAUAUCUCUUAAGUGG